AUGAACGCUGCUGACAAUGAUAAUAACGAUAAGAUUAAAGGGUCUUGGUCUAAAGAAGAAGAUGAUCUUUUAUUAGAAUUAAUCGGCAAAAUAGGUCAUAAAAAUUGGAAAGCGAUUGGUAAUAAGCAUGGUCGACGCAAUGGAAAGCAAUGUCGAGAGAGAUGGACAAAUCAUUUGGAUCCUAAAUGCAAGUAUUCAAAAUCAAAGAAUCAAAAAAAACACCAUGACAUUAAUAAUAACAACGAUAACAAUAAACAAAAGAAACAAUCUAAAGGAAAAAGGAACAACAACGGUAUUGAUCCGAAUCCAGCUAAGAGAUUGCAAUCUUCUGAAAAGAAAGUUCAAGUUCGCGAUGACGUCUCUAAUUCCUCUAGUCUGGAGGUGUUUCCAAAUAUUGAAGCUCAGGCUCACGAUGGGACUCCCUCUAGAUUGAAUGAGCUUGCAGAUUUUGUAACGAGCCUUCACAAUGGGGAAGGUGAAAUGUCAAUUUACCCUCAUAAUAGUGAUAAAAUGUCAAUUAGUGGAUUACUGAACCCCAAAACAACGAGCAUUGAUUAA